AUGAAUGUGGACCCGCCCUCCUCUUCGCUUUUGAAAUCUACAACUGAUCCAUGUUAUGAUUAUAACACUCUUGAUGAAUCCUGGAGAAACAUACGGCCAAGCCCAUUUCAGUACUAUGGAUAUGAUGACACUCUUGUUGACUGGAGCGGCUGGUAUCGGCUGUAUCUGAAUGGAGAAAGUGCCCAGAUGUCUGAGUGGUGUGUGAGUUUUGUGGGAUGUGGUGGAGAAACUGCACUGCAUCUCAACGGUUCUCAUCCAACACUUGAGGAUGGAGUGGUGACCCGUGGAGUCUUGGGGACUAAUUCAUGGUGGUAUUCCAGUUAUUGUGGCGCCUACAGUUCCUCAUCCAUCCGAGUCAAAGCCUGUCCAGGAGAUUAUUACGUCUAUGAAUUUGUCAAACCCGUCAUAUCAGCCCCCCUGCCUAUGUACUGUGCAGUUGCUUUCCAAAGCAUCAGCAGUGAUCCCUGCUACAACUAUGAGUCUCUGGAUCGUCCCUGGAGAGCCAACAAUGAAAGUGGAGGUGAAAUUUGUGAUGAAGGUUUCUCCUGGAAUGGCUGGUACCGGCUUUUCUACUAUGGAAUGGACAUCCGGAUGUCAGAGACCUGCGUUAGUUCAUACAGCUGUAACACAUACUAUAAUCUGUGGCUCAGUGAUCCUCACCCUCAGAUAGAGGAUGGAGUGGUGAUCAGGGAGAUCUGUGGAGGGGCUUAUUGGGGAAGCUGCUGUGAUAACAAGUUUAAACCCAUCAGAGUGAAAGCGUGUCCAGGCAAUUACUAUGUCUAUGAACUUGUGAAUCAAGCUUGGUUGUGUACAGGAUACUGCACAGAUGUCAGCACUAUUUCACAGGCGGUUUCCACUGUGAGUCCAGAUAUAUUCACUGGAUCCACCAUCAACUUGAAUUAUGACCCGUGUAAUAACUACAACACACUCGACAACUACUGGAGAAGCACACUCAAUUACUGGUCUAUUUAUGGAUACAUAUCCGAUCAUGAUGACACUCGUGUAGAAUGGGACGGCUGGUAUCGGCUCUUCAUUGAUGGAUCAAGUGCUCAGAUGCCUGAGUGGUGUUUUAAUUAUAUGGCAUGUGGAGGUUCAAGUUCUCUGUGGCUUGAUGGCUCUCAUCCUCGGCUAGAAGAUGGAGUUGUUACUCGUGAAGUUUACGGCUCCCAUUAUGAACAGUGCAGUCGCUACAGAUCCGACCCAAUCCAAGUCAAAGCUUGUCCUGGAAAUUAUUAUGUCUACAAAUUUAUCAGACCAACUCUUUCAAUCCCAGAUCCUGUAUAUUGUGCAGGUAUAUUCAUUAAGUUGGCUUGAGAAAGCCAACUUACU